ACAUGGCCGCGAAAUCAGACGGUACAGCCGUUUCUUUGCAGAAUGACAUUCCGCCGACGUGCCUCCCUGGGCAGGAGAAGCGCUCUCCCCAGUGGCGUCCCGUCGGGAAGGAGUAUUCGCUCCUGGACUGCUGCUGGACCCUCUGCGCGCUCCUGGUCUUUUUCUCGGACGGGGCUUCAGACCUGUGGCUGGCUGCCGACUACUAUCUCAGGCGGGACUACUGGUGGUUCGCUCUGACACUCGUUUUUAUCAUCAUUCCGUCUGUGGUGGUGCAGGUGCUCAGCUUCCGAUGGUUCGCGUACGAUUACUCCGACGCCAACGGGAGUGGCACGGCUGCGGCUGCUAUGGUAGCGGCGUCCAAUGCGGAGAGCCCCUUCAGCACCAAGGACAGCGAUCAGCGGGGCGCUGGCCGCUCCGCUGCGGUCACCGGAUCGAGGAGCAGCGCUGAGAGCUGCUGUAGAGCCUGCGUGUGGCUCUUCCAAAGCGUCGUGCACGUUCUUCAGCUGGCACAGGUCUGGAGGUAUGUCCAUGCCUUAUAUCUGGGCGUGCAAAGCCGCUGGCAUGGGGACCACGAGCACAAACACUACUACUGGCGUAUGAUGUUUGAGAACGCUGACAUCAGCAUGCUGAGAUUGCUUGAGACCUUCCUGAAGAGCGCACCUCAGCUCGUUCUGCAACUCAGCAUUAUGGUCCAGACCGGCCAGGUCCUCCCUUUGCAGGGUCUGUCUGCGUCUGCCUCUCUAGUGUCUCUGGGCUGGAUGAUGGCCUCUUAUCAAAAGGCAUUACGGGACUCUCGCGACGACAAGCUCCCAAUGUUGUACAAAGCAGUGGUGGUGAACAUGCUGUGGCACCUCUUCACAGUGGGAGCCCGCGCCAUGGCCUUCGCCCUCUUCGUUUCCAUUUUCCAGCUCUACUUCGGCAUUUUCAUCGUUGCCCACUGGUGUGCCAUGACCUUCUGGAUCAUCCAAGGUGAGACAGACUUUUGCAUGUCCAAGUGGGAGGAGAUCAUCUACAACAUGAUGGUGGGAAUCGUGUACAUAUUCUGCUGGUUCAGCGUCCGUGAGGGCCCUACGCGGUGCCGUCUGCUUCUUUACAGCCUCAUAAUCCUGGGUGAAAAUGUGGCCCUCACUGCCGUGUGGUACAUAUACCGGAGCCAGCGCUCUUCAGACUUUUACGCCGUGGUGGUGGUGUGCGUGGUGGCCUGUAGCUAUGCCCUAGGCACAUUUUUUAUGUUUGUCUACUACUGCCUGUUGCACCCUGACGGCUCUGUGUCUGGGGCCUAUAUUGGAUGUUGCGACGUCCAGGUGGGUGCUGUUUCAGAUCAGUGUGUCUCAUCACCCACCUCCGCUCCUCCUCCUCUGGAUGCGGUGAGCAGCCCGCCACGGACUCUGCAGAGGACUAAAGGAGGAGAGUUAGUACAAGGAGGAGACGUUGGUGAAGUGUUUAAGAUGCGGACCCUGAAGGCCACGCGCACCGCUGUGCCUCGCCUCACCCCAAGGACAGAGGGGCCGGUAAUUCGCAUCGACCUUCCCAGGAAGCAGUACCCAGCCUGGGACGCCCACUUCAUUGAUCGCAGGCUACGAAAGACCAUUCUGGUGCUGGAAGCCGCUUCUCCAGUCACACCAAGGAUCCAGUACCGCUGUCUAGGCACACCGAAGGAAGUGAUGGAAUAUGAGACAACAGUCUGAAACAGUUUUUCCAACAGUUUUACCUUCUCCAAAUAAAAGAUGUGUUAGUGUGCGGAAAAGUCAGUUUGUGUCCAGCUUUAUUUGGUGAAAAGGAAAAACACAUGAUGUACAAGUGUCUAGAAAAGCGCCACCCUGUGGUGACACUAGACAUUACUACAGGUUAUUGGGUUAGGAGGUUAAGCAGGGGUCUGUCCAAAUGAAUGAAAGAAAGCAUUGAUGCCACGGUAAAUCUGUAAUGAGCAAAACAACAUAUCAGUGUGGUACAAUAACAGCAAUUGUGCUUAAACACAUCCUAAACACCAUUUCAGACCAAUGUUUUUAAAUCUCUCGUGGCAGCUGCCGUAAACAACAAAUACUGAAUCCACUUGGUUGUAAUUCUGUGGGUAUUGAGGUUGUAGUAGGUCCAAGUAAAAUGUGUAAGUUGUCUCGUUAAAGGCCUUAAGACUUUUUUGUGUUUGGCUAUUUAGCAUCUGAAAGGUGUAUUUCACCCUGUUUAAACAUUAGCAAAUAUAUGAAAACAGUUUGUGUGAUAGAUAAUUGAAGGGUUGAGCUUCUAUAACAUCUAGGCAUUUUAUUAAGCACAGAAUAUGUUGCCUUCAAGAACAGGGAUCAUACUUUGCAAGGAACACUCUUUAUGUUUCAAAAAGGAAACUGUUCACAGUUAUCAAUGUCUCUUUUCAAGACAUUUCUGCAUACCUUUCAAGUGAAAAAAUGCUUAUCACUGAAAAAUUUGGGAAUUUUUUUUUUUUUUCUCAAAGGACAUUUGUAGCAUGAAGGAAAUAAUGGGUCUGAUGCUGAAAAAUGGCUGAGUGCACCUAUAAAAAGAAUUGAAUGAAUGUUAAUAACAAGGACAAAGAACCCUGUUCAAACUGGUUUAUUAUAUGCCUGUAACGUAUGGUUAUACCACAAACAAUAUUUAAAAUAUGUCUAAGCUAUCAAAGAUAACAAGUUCACAUUUUAAAGUAUUUGUGUUACAGCUGAAGGGACAUUUAAAAAUAGUUAUCUUUUUAGGAUUCAUGAAAAGUUAACAGCAUUAUAAUUAUGCCAUUUCAUGUAAUUGACAUAAUUUGGUGCAAUAAUACUCAUAAAUGUUUGGAUAGUGAACAUUUUGAUGGAUAUGAACAAAUCCAUACAGUAUCUUCUGUCUCUUUUAUUUAACAUUUAAAUUGAGGUAAUGAUACAUAUGGUCACAUCAUCUAACAGCAUCUGCCAAUUGAGAAUGUAUAUUUUCACUGAUCAAAACAGCAGCCAUCUUGUCUUUCUUUCUUUCUUUCUUUCUAAAACAGAGCAGUGACCCUGUUGUGUACAAGACUAAGAACAUAGUAUUUUGAGUUGAUUGGCUACUGGGCUGUUGAAUAGAGAGAAGAUGAAUAAUCCUUGGGUUUGUGCAGUGUUUACCGAUAUCAUGUUAUUGCUAAGUCCAUUAACCCAUUGUAACUAUUUCACUUCUUGGCAUAACCAUGACAUAUGUCCAUUUGUGUUAUUUUGUUGGUGCUAGCUGGGACACCUCAACACAGCCAUCCAUGCUGUAACUUCAUUAAUGUGGAUCAUACUCUUUCACUCUGGUUAAUGCUGGAUUUUUACUGUAGACACACUACAAGAUGUUAUAAGCCUUACACUGCACCUGCAAGACUGUUGCUGUCGACUUUAAAAAGGAUGUCGAUCUUCAGCCAUGUGUUUUAUUUGGACAAUAAAAAAGCAAAAUUGUGUUUACUGACCUGACCAAAGCAUCAACUGAAAGAGUGUAUUUUGUUUUGCUUGUUAUCUUAAAUG